UCCGUCCAGCCGGUCAGCAGCGGUCAACAUGGCGGUUCUACGGCCCCUGCUUCUGCUCUCUCUGGCCCUGGGUCACGCUAGACGAGCGACAUCGCUCCAGGCGCUGACGCCGGCGGCUGGAUGCCGGCCGGACGAGCUGCCCUUCCGCUACUGCGGCAACCUCCUCUGCCAUAGCCUGACGCCGGCGCUGCCGUUCGCGGCCGCGCUGCGCACCUGCGCGCGCGCCGGCGGCCGGCUGGCCACCGUCUACAGCCAGGCGCACAACGACCAGCUGUACGGCAUGCUGACGCGUUCGGCGUACAUCGGGGCGGUGGCGCGGCAGCGCAUGGUACGCCACCCCCGCGGCGAACCGGCCGGCCCGGGAGUCAUCUGGGCCUGGCUGAGUGGCGAGCCGGCGCACUUCACCAACAUGCUGCCCAGCGAGACGCCUGGCUUCUACCGGCAGCCGGACGGCGGUGGGUUCGAGGGCUGUGUGGAGCUGAUGCGACACCGGGUGCUGCACGACGACCCGGCAACGGAGGAUGAGACACCAGUGCCGCGCGCCGCCUGGACGGCCGGCGAGCCGCGCGACGAGACGCUGCUCGACUGCGCCCGUGCGGCGCGGCUCGGUCGGCCUUUCUGGGUGGUGGUGCUUCGCGGGCGGUUCACCAACUUCCACCGCUACGGGGCAUACGGGCUUCCGGACGAACCCAACGAGUCUCCGAACGCCUGCGCCAUCGUCUGGUUCGAUGGAAACAUUGUGCGGCUGCUGUAG